UCUCUCUCUUUCUUCUCCAUUUCUUCUCCGUAUCCUCCACUCAGUUCUCUCUUCAGUUUUCUAUUCGCUCCUAAGGUUUGAAAUUCUUGUGUUUUUUUUCCUCAUAAAAUAUAUUUUCACUUUAAAAAAAUAUACAUAUUUUCUGCUCAUGGGCAUAUUUAAGUUUUAAUUUCCCCUAUUAUUAAUCAUAUCAUACUUUAAUAUAGCUUAGUUUUCUGUUCACUACUUUUGUUGUUGUUAUCGUUGUUGUUUAUGGCUGGUUUGGACUUAGGUUCAGCUUCUCACCAUCAUUUUCUCCCUCAUCAUCUCCAAAGACCGCACGAUCCUGAAGAUGACGAAAAUAAUCGGAACAAUAAUCAAUUUUCCGAUGACAACAACAAUGACAAUAAUAGCCCUUCUCAACAAGGGGGUGACGUUGUAGCACGUAGGCCAAGAGGUCGUCCGCCUGGUUCAAAAAACAAGCCUAAGCCUCCCGUGAUAAUAACACGGGAAAGCGCGAACGCGCUUCGUGCACAUAUCUUAGAAGUGAGUAGUGGCCAUGAUGUGUUUGAAUCUGUUGCUAAUUAUGCAAGAAAAAGGCAAAGAGGAAUAUGUAUAUUGAGUGGUAGUGGUACGGUGAAUAACGUCACCAUCCGGCAGCCAGCGGCUGCAGGAUCCGUGGUGACGUUACAUGGUAGAUUCGAGAUAUUAUCGUUAUCUGGAUCUUUUUUACCACCACCCGCCCCUCCAGGAGCCACUAGCUUGACGAUUUAUUUAGCUGGUGGUCAAGGUCAAGUUGUUGGUGGAAACGUUGUUGGUGCACUAACUGCUUCAGGUCCGGUUAUUGUAAUUGCUUCUUCAUUUACUAAUGUUGCUUAUGAGAGAUUGCCUUUGGAUGAAGAAAAUGAGUCAAUUCAGAUGCAACAACAACAAGGUGGGGUGUCAUCACAAAGUGGUAAUUUUGCUGAUCCAUCAAAUAUUGGACUUCCUUUUCUUAAUUUGCCACUGAAUAUGCCAAAUGGUCAACUACAAAUGGAAAGUGGAGGAGGAGGAGCAGGAGAAGGAUGGAAUGGAAACUCAGGAAACAGGCCACAAUAUUAGGUCAGGUUUUAUUAAGAAUUUUUACUUUUUGAUGAUGAAAAGAUUUCACAAAAUCUCAAUGGAUAUUAUCACUUGUACAUUAUUAAGCUUGGGUUUCUAGCUA